CCACCACCACCGUACUCAGCGCGGACGCCCCGCGAUCCAGCCAGCUUCUCUUUACUCACUCGCGGAGCCAAUCCAGCGGGCUCGUCCUAGGUUCCAAAUAUGUCCAGUAUGCAGCAUCUCGGCAAGGGCAUCGUCCGCGCCGCCAAGAACUAUACCAAGGGAUACUCGGACGUCCAGGCAAAAGUCCGUGAGGCGACAUCAAACGACCCAUGGGGUCCAUCGGGCACGCAGAUGAACGAGUUGGCACAGAUGAGCUACAACCAAGACCACUUCGUGGAGAUCAUGGAGAUGCUGGACAAGCGGUUGAACGACAAGGGCAAGAACUGGAGGCACGUUUUCAAGUCUCUCACGGUGCUCGACUACCUGCUGCACGCGGGCUCGGAGAACGUUGUAGUCUACUUCAAGGACAACAUCUACAUCAUCAAAACGCUGAAGGAGUUCCAGUACAUCGACGAGGAAGGUAAAGACCAGGGGGCCAAUGUUCGCCAGAAGGCCAAAGACAUCACCAACCUCCUCCAGGAUGAGUCUCGUCUGCGCCGGGAACGGCGCGACCGUGCUUCGAUGCGCGAUCGUAUGGCCCGCGGGCGUCCUGACGGCGGCGACGAUGACGAAGGUGACGAGAAUACCCGGAGGCGAUCACAGAGCGUGCCCGGGGGCGGGCGGAGGCGGAAUGGCAACCGCGAGGACGACGACCUGCGGAAGGCGCUUGAGGAGAGCAAGCGGACAGCGGAGGAGGAGAUGGCGCGGCAGAGGUUGACGGCAGAGGAGCGGGACUUGCAACAGGCGAUCCGGCUGAGCGAGGAGGAGGAGGCGAAGCGGAACGCGGCGCUGUCGGACACGAACGCCGCGUCCUUGUUCGAUGAGUCGCAGCAGCAGCAGCAGCAGAGCACGAAUCCGUUCCCGCUCGUUGACACGUCGUUCCAAGCACAGCCGCAAUUUCUCCAGCAGCAGUAUACCGCUGUCCCUCAGCAGUUCACGUCUUUCAACCCGUACCAGCAGCAGGCGCAACAGGAGGCGAUGCAGGCGGAGUAUAUGCGUCAGCAGCAGGAGUGGCAGAUGCAGCAGCAACUCCAGGCGCAGCAGUUGCAACAACAACAGCAACAAGAGGAAUGGAUGCGCCAGCAACAAUUGCUCCAAUACCAGCAGCAGCAACAGCAUUCGCAGUUCCUGAUGCCACAGCAGCAGCCGCUCAUGCCUCAGGCGACUGGAUUCGGCUCGAAUAAUCCCUUCGCACCCACGCUCUCCGUCUCGCCGUCGUUGCAACAGCCAAAUCCCUCUCCAGGACCACAGACCGCGAGCCCAGUCUCGUUUAACCUCCAGGGCACGUACGCGAACGGGCCCCAGUCGACGUCUCCGCCCCCGACGUCGCACUCAGCGCCUCCGGCGCAGCGUCAGAACACGAUCCCUGCGGUCAAGACGCGGGCGGAUGACGAGCACUCGAGGCUCGCGAGCCUGCUCGCGAACCGUGAGGAAGGCAUUGACACGUUCGGCAACUGGGGGAACCUGCGGUGGGUUUCCCUUGACUAUUCUUACUCAAAGCUGGCGCAACUGAUUUGGAUCUGUUAUGUAGAUACGGACAGCAGGCUGCGCGGCUUGUCGGGCAGCCGACGGGGGCGCAGCACAACAGCCACAAUCCAUUCGCGGCCCAACAGCAACAGCAACAGCAGCAGGUCAACAGCGAUCAGCCGUUCUUCUCGAUCUAGUUUGCGCGUCUACGUUUGUGUAUGUGUUCUUGUUAGUAUUCUUUAUUGCGUUCCUUCCCCGUUCACCGUGUCACUAUGUCCCCGUCCGCGCGCCCUCGCAUCUUUUAAGCCAGGUUGAUGCACUGCUCCUUCUGUUCCGUAUUCGUGUCCCUAGGAUUUCACCGAACACGCGACGCCCGCUAAACUGAUAUAUCACGACGCUGUUGAUGACGAGUACCCGAAGAUACUGUACUGUUCUAGUUUCUGUGGUCGCUAAGCUGCUGCUGUAUAUUCUCGUAUACCCAGUGCGACUAUGAAUGGGAGCGUGGAGGGGGGUAUGUAU